GUUGCUAUGGUAAGCAAUGCCGCCAGAACAAAACCUGGGAUCCCCUUUCAAGUGGGCAGUCAGGGAAGCUUGUACGUGCUGAGUUAGGUGGCGAGAAAAGGCUGACAGUGACGCUAGCUUUGGAUCUGGAGGUGUGCUGCCAUUCCCACGACGAUUCCGGUCAAUCUCCAGAGUUACUGAGGGAAAGAGGCAAGCGGCCAGCGACAUAGCUACGCAGCUGAGGAGAUACACUUGCCAAAUCGACAACCACCCUUCAGGCUAAUUCCCAUUUCCUGACUACCAAUCUACACAACUCGAUCACAGAGUUCACCAAGUAUGGGUUGUGGGAGCUCCAAAGCCACCCAAGUCGUACCGGCCAGUCAAGCCUGGGAUUCAACAGGAACGAAGACGAACGCCAAAGACGUCAGAGAAGGAUCCUCCAAGAGUCGGAAGAGCAGAAAAGGUUCGGCCGGAAAGUCGAGCCGGGUGAAAAGACUAUCAGGGUCGACCUCAUCCAUCGGAAGUCUCGACUCCAGCUCAGAGUCAGACAGAGAAAAUAGACUUGUGUCCUCUGCAACAUCCAAGGCGUCCAACAAAUCCGGUGACAGCGGGCUGGGAGAUGACUACGCUCAUGUCAUUACGGAAAGUUCUAACCCAAGUGCUGUGCAACAAGUAGAGACAGAGAGACGACCCAAAACUCCAGAUUUUGAGUUGACCGGACAAGCCAUUAGCAGAACACGCAGUGGAAAGCAGAGGUCAGAAGACAUCCUGCGGCAGCUACAACAAGAAGGUCUGGUGCGGCCUAAAACCAGCGGCGGUGGUCGAUCACUGGCUUUCGAGGUCCAGCUGGGACCAGCCAACAAGUUACCACCAGUCAACCAGCUGCCUCCACCACGGCUGGCUAAACUGGAGAGAAGAAGGAAGAAGAAGAAGCUCACCAAGGAAGAGUUGGAAGAAAAGAUGAGGAAAGCAGAGGAGAGAAGACAGAGAAAAGAGCAGGAAGUCAGGGAGAAGGCCAUCCAGACCAGAAUAAAGGAGACCACACAGGAUCCCAUGGCAGCCUUCGCUGAACACCAGAAAGAACUGGCUGAGAAGGUGGAAGAAAAAGUAAAUGAAGCUGAGAAAAAAAGAGAAGCCCAUCUCAAGGCCCUGCGGGACAGGCUACGACAGAAGGAAGAGCAUGCCAAGAAAGUACGAGAGGCCAAGUUGAAGGCACUAGAAAACCCUCCACAGGACAUGGAGAUUAAAGAGGACAUUACUGCCACUAGCUAAGAGACUCCGUGCCAUGUGCAAAAACUACUGCUCAUCAGCACACACUACACUCUGUUCAAGACACCUACCUCAAGAUCUGUGCAAGUUGCCUCAGGAGUGUGAACGUUUCUCUACAGUGUGGUUUGAGUGCUUCAUCUGCAUUGUAUAUUUGCCCAGUGGCAAGUACAUUGAGCCACUUUAAAUAAUAUAAGCCACUUAAACAGUGUCUAAAAUGACAAAUCACAUUGACCUCAAAAUACAAAGGGUUUAUAUUAAAUUUGCCAAUAUAAACAUACAAGGGUGCUUGGAAUAUUCAAAAUGCAGUGAACAUGAGCAUUUUUGAUGUGCAGUGAUGUACCAUUUACAUGCCAAAUGAGAAUCAGUCGAAUGCAUAGAGGUCUACAAAACUGAAUAUUAACAUUAAUAUGAAGGUGAAAAUAUGUGUGUGUUUAUGUGUGCAGGUAACAUGAUGUAUAUAUUAAGAUACUAUUGGCUACAUGAUUGCUGCAUUAAAGACUUGUGUGUUGCAAACAGUGCCAUGUAGAUAGAUUUAUGUAUAUUUUGCAUUUUGUACUAGUGUUGAAAUGACACCAGUGAAACGUGAAUACUAUUUCAUUAUGAAAAUCUGGACAUGUUGUCCAAAAUUUUUUCAGCACUUUAAUGUUUGAGAUUCACUACACAAUAAAAAGCUGAUAUGAAAUGAAUGAUCGUCUCUUCUUCAUGGUGCAAAGUAUGUGUUGAAAACAAGUAGUCCAGGAAAUGGGUUCUUCAAUGUGGUUACUGUAUUUCGGACAAACAUCAUCUAAAUAGUCAAAGAUGUCGGCAGUCUUAAAAAUGUACAUAAAACAUUUCAAGUAACAUUCUAUAUGGCCUGGAUGCAUCAAAUCUUGUCAGAGGUCAUAUGAAAUGUCCUGUAUUUAUUGUGAAUAUCCUAUAUGGAUGGGAUGAAAACACCAGAUUGGUACAGAUUUGACUUUGCUUCCAUUACAGAAUGUUUCUUUUAGGCACAAAUAUCCUGCCUGCACACUUGUAUAAUUGUUGGAAAGAUCACAAAUGGCUGAUCACAGAGCAGCUAAUAUCAGGGUGCAUGGCUUGUUUACACUGCUGCCCUGCUGUUACCAUGGUGCUCCAAUUAAGGCCAUUCAUGGCUCCCACCACCACUGGAGUGUGUAUGGCUCAUUAUAGAUUCACAACACACACAGGUCGAUAUGGAGACAAUCAACCUUAAUAACUUGUGGGUUAAGACCACUUUAUACACAAGACGUUUCCCAGGGCCUAGUUAUUCUGAACCUUUUUUUUUUCAAAAGCAAAGAAAAUGUAUCCACCAAUUUUGUACCAAUAAUUUCCUGCUAAAGUUUGUCCUCAUUGAUGGCUAUCUUUUAUUAGCCAAUUUACAAAGGGCUAGCUAAAAUACUGGGUGCCAGUAGAGCCUCUUUUUUUUUACGAUAAAAAGGAGGUUGACACUGCCAGAGUAAUGGUGGUGGGUACUCUUCAAGCAGAGGUUUGGGU